ACAUAUAUAAUGUCAAACCCCUUAUUUUGGAUUCAACUAACCACCUAUCGAAUAGAGUCCACCCGGAAGGUUCACCUACACUUGAUAUAAAAUAUGAGUUGUGGUACGCGCUAAACAUGUCCAUAAUGAUCCAUCUAUCUGAAGAGUGGUUUCUCUCACCCAUUGCAACAUGCACCGCCAUCGUCUUCACGGUCUAUGGCCUGAUGUACUGGUACUCGGCGCACAAAUUAGAUGCCAAGGAGCCUUCAGUUGUUGCUUCCAUUGUUCCCUUCGUUGGUCAUAUUCUAGGAAUGGCCUUGCAUGGGGGGAAGUAUAUCAAGAACUUAGGGAUUCGCAAUAGACAUCUUCCUAUUUUCACAUUGCCAGUCCCAGGAUCUCGCAUCUACAUAGUGACGGAACCAUCUCUAGCUGCCGCCGUCCAGCGGGCUUCUAAAGUGUUGUCUUUUACACCCAUUAUCCCAGAGGUCACUGAACGCGUUCUCGGACUAGAUGAGGCUACCAUGGAGAUCACCCGUAAAAACUUGGAUCCAGGCCCUAGAGACGACCGCGGAUUCUUAGCUGAUAUUCAAGAAAUGGUAUACACUUGGUUUGGCCCAGGCAACUAUCUCAAUGAAAUCACAUUGGAUGCCGCUCGAGAACUAAGGAGUGAAGUAUUAGCUUGCGCCGUUUCCCAGAAAGAGAAUCGUAACCUUAAGCCCAUUGAUCUACUCACAUGGGUACGACAUCUCGUCACUGUUUCGACAGCAAAAUACUUCUACGGCCCACAAAAUCCUAUUGCUUUAGACCCGGCCCUUGAACAGUGCUUCUGGGACUUUGAUCACGGGCUCGGGAAGUUGCUAAUGAAUGUGUUCCCUUCCGUAACUGCAAGGAAUGCAUAUAACGGGAGAGAGCGACUAGUCAAGGCGCUCGAGCAAUAUUUAGAGAAUGGGUCUCAUCAAACAGGCUCAAAAAUAGUUCAGAAACGUGUCGAAAUCACUCUUCACCACGGCUGGACGCUGCGUGCCACUGCGCGCUCAGAACUUUCGUUCUUAUUUGCCGGCAUAGUGAAUGCAACCACUUCCACAUUCUGGAUCCUACUCCAGAUUUUUGCAGACCCUGGGCUUCUAUCUAUUGUGCGUGAGGAAAUCGCACAAGUUGUGAGGCCUAGUGAAAAGAGCGAAGGUUCACAUCUUGAGAACCACAAAAUCAGUAUCACGGAUCUCAAAGAUCGAUGUCCCAUGCUGGUUGCUGUGUAUCGAGAAUGCUUGCGAUUGGGAUCUGACAAUUAUUCCACACGGAUGGUCAAGGAAAACACAAUAUUAGCCGACCGUUACUUUUUGAAGAAAGGAGCUGUUGUCCAGAUUGCGGGCGGUGUUAUACAUGCUGAUCAAUCCAUUUGGGGGGAUAACGUCGACGAAUUCAACCCCAAUCGUUUCCUAGAUCCAAAGCAACAAUCGGGGACCAUGAAACAGAACCAAAUCCAUCCUGCUGCAUUCCGCGCGUUUGGGGGUGGGAAGACACUUUGUCCAGGACGCCACUUCGCAAUGAACGAGAUAUUGAGUCUCGUAGCUUUGGUGGUCUUGAUCUUCGAUAUCAAGGCCCCUAAUGGCAAUAGGAUUAAGGUUCCCAAGAAAAAUGACGGCGUACUUCCCGUUCAUAUCCUAGAGCCUAUAUCCCCUGUACAAGUUCUGAUCUCUAAACGUCGAGAUGCAUACGCAGAAAUGGGCGCCAACCUCGAGUUCGAUAUCUAAGAUUCGAGAGUAAGAUUUGAGAGUCACUGGACUGACUGCGCCUGACGGCUAUGGAUGUCCAUGAUGUAGCCUUAAUUGUAUAUACACACUAUCAUCAAAACAGUUUUAUUUCAAGCAGCCAAACCCCAAGAACAUUGCCAAACUGAACUCAAGCAUUUUUUCUACCGAGAAUGUGU